GUCGGGAACGAUCGUGAAAUUCUGGCGGGUUUUGGGCACUUUGGCCGCUUUUUGCAUCGCCCUGUGCACGCAGACGUACGCGCAAAGCCUGAAAGUAGCUUGUUUUGCAUUACUUGUGCUGCCGAAGAACUUGCAACGAGCAAUUCCAGUAUUGCUGUCGCCUCUGCCUACCAAGCUCUCAGGUGCAGUGAGAGCACUGUCGCCGCGCGAGCAUUUUAGGCUUUGCAAACGCUCUCACGGACACAGAGGCUCACCCUCACAAGAGUAAUUGCCGCUAUCGCGGUCGCCGCGACCGCAUAAAUGGAGCAAGGUCCCGCACCCGCACCUGCAGCUAGCACAGAAGCGCCGCCGCUCUCGAAGCGCGCGAGGAAGCGCGCCGCGCGCGAAGCGCAGCGCCUCGAGGAGAAGCGGCAAAAAAAAGAGAAGAACCACGCCCAAGCAAGAGACAGAGAAGCCGCGGCCGCGGCGGCCGCCGCCGCCGCGGACGCGCUGCUGACGGACGACCAGCGCGCCGCGCGCGACCGCAAGGCGCAGCAGGCGCGCGACGAAAGGUUGCGGAAGCGCGCCGCCGAGGACGCAGAAUUCGAGAAGAAGUGCGCGUCCGGAUGUCGAAUUGUCAUUGAUUGCGGCUUCGAGAGCCUGAUGACGGACCGGGAGGCGCGGUCGUCGUCGCAGCAGAUCAUGUACUGCUACGGGGCGAAUCGACGCGCGGAGGCGCCGGCGCGGUUGCUCGUCGUGGGCUUGACUGGAAGGCAGGCUUCAGCAUUGGGGAACGUGUCCGGUGUCGAAUCGUGGCGCGGGGCUUCUGUUGAUGCGAGACCGCUGGAGGAUGUGUUCCCGGAUAGGUCGUCGCUGGUCUACCUGACGGCGGAGUCGGACACGGUGUUGACAGAGGUGGACGCCGCGACGACCUAUGUCAUCGGCGGCUUCGUGGACCGCAACCGGCACAAGGGCGCGACGCACGCCAAGGCACUGCAGCUAGGAGUGAGAACCGCGCGGCUGCCCAUCGGCGACGGUGAUGCAAUCGUGCUGGGCAAGGAGGCGUCGCGCGUGCUCGCGGUGAACCACGUCUUCGAAUUGAUGGUGCGCGCGCAGUCGAGUGACUGGGCCGCGGCCGCGGAGUGCCUGCCGGGGCGGAAGAAGAAGCCUGAGGAGUAGGUUGUUUGUGAUCAAAA